UACAUUCAUUUACUAUAGAAAGUAAGCAUUACUUUUACACAUAUCUUUGCUUAUUUGUAAUUUAAUAUUAGUGGGUACUUUCCAAUUUUCAAAUAUUCAUAUAUAAUUUUUUUUUAAAAUGUGAUAAUUCAAAAAUAAUUAAAUCAAGAAGCAUGGUGUGGUUGUUAGGCCUGGAACUUAUUAUCCGAGAUCCGGAUUCGAUCCGAGAUCCGCUCAGGAUCCGCUCCGAAAAUAGGAUAUCUGGGAUGUCCGGAUCCGAAUCCGGAUAGUAAAAUCUGGAAUCCGUCCAAAGGGAAUCUGAAUCCGGAUAUCUUAAUUUUUAGGUCCGGAUAUUCGGAUCCGUAUUUUUAAAACACAUUAAAUUUUUAAAUUUCAUUAAUAUUUAUAUUUGAUAUAUUAAUAUUUAUACAUGAAUUAAUCUUAUAAUAUUAUAUUUUAGUUUUUACAAUAUUAUAGACAUAUAUAAAUAUAUUUAUAAAUAUUUGAUCUAUGUAUUAUAUUAAAAAAAAAUUAGUAUUUUUUUUAAAAAGUAUGAUUUUUAAUUAUUUUUACGGAUGCGGAUCCGGAUAUCCGCGAGUAAUAGAAUAUCGGGAUGAAUAUCCAAAAUCCGGAUAUCCGGAAACCACGAAUCCGGAUCCGGAUAUUAAAUUCACGGAUCCAGAUCCGGGUACCCCGAAUUUUCCGGAUAUCCGGAUCCGUCCUAGGCCUAGUGGUUGUUGCAUGAAUCCCAAAAAAAAAUUCAUGCGUUUGUAAAAAACUGCAAGAAAGUUUUAUAUUCUCAUUUAUUUUGAUUAUUUACUGUUUUAAAUACUUGUGGCUGAGAUCUGAGUAAAUAAUCAAAAUUAUAGAGAUCAUUUAACAUCAAAAGUUCAGAAGUGAUUUAAGAGUCCAUUCAAUUUUGAAGAUAUUAAAUUAACCUCAUAAAAAGUGUAGAAUAUCUUAGUUUUGUUUAGAGCAUCUGCAACUUAUCUAUAUAUAUAUUCAGUUAGAACUAUUAUAUAAUUAGUUUUGUUCCAAUAUAUGAUUUUAUAGAGACAGAAUAGUAUUUUCUGUAUUUAUCUCUUUGAAAAAAAAAAACUCUAUUAUAUAGAUGGGUUUGAGAUGAUUUUAGUCUAAUGAUAUAAUCCCAAUUAAAAAUUCAUGUGCGGUUGAUUCAAUCGAUUAGAAUGAUACUAUUUUAGUGUUUUUUUGGUGUACCUAACCUGAAUCUAGUCUUGUUGCUAUAUCUACAGAGGAAACUUUGAGAAGAAUCCAUUUCUUAAAGUAAAGAAACUGGUGUUUUAAAAUGCGCUAUGCGUUCAUUACGCGCUAGAUGACUGUAUAGCGUCUAACCGUAUAGACGCCUAAACGGAGUGUAUACGUAUAUAUAUUUUUAUAAAAAAUAUAAAUAUAAAUAUAUAUAUAUAUAUAAAUUAUUUUUGAAAAAAAUGAACAUAAAUAUAUUUUAAAUCCAAUUUUAUAUAUAAGUAUAUAGUUUACCAUAUAUAAAUAGUUUUAAAUUAUAAAAACUAAAGCCAUUUUAAAUAUAUAAAAGAUGAUAAAUUUAAAAUGAUUUUGCAACAAUUAUACUAAUAUCUACAAUCAUAUAUUUACAUAAAAUAAGUAAAAGUAAUAUAAAUAAUAACAUUAAUAAAAUAUAAUAAUAAUAUUACUAUUUUUUUGAAUAUUAAUGCUUAAAAUCCGUCUAGGCGUCUGCGUCGACCGCAUAAUGUCCACCUAAAUGCUAUAAUUCACCCGAAUGAUAUAAAUUCGCAUAAAACACUGUAUAACAUAAAAACAAUAUGGUUGGCUAUCGUAUAGCGUCUAAACGCCGCUUAGACCGUAUUAUAGAACACUGAAAGAAACCAAAUUAGAAUCCUCUAAGAAGUCCAUGCUUGUCCUCUCUCGUCAAACAAAAUCAAUUUCAUACGGAGUAGUUUUAACGUCUCUUUCAACUUUUCAAACACAGCUUCUCAAUUCACUUUGUUUAGCUUAUAAACUUUGGAACCUCUAACAAAAGGUCAAAAUCUUAAAAAGUCUUGGUCUCGGUUUAAAGAAAGUAACGCAGAACUGGGAGAUGCGGUACCAGUAAUCAUCGUGAUAUACAAGUGUCAAUUGGCUUUGUUGCCGACACGUAACCACAACUCACCCAACACAAGAUCUCUUAGUCAUGAAGAAUGAUACGACUCUACUUCUUUCUUUUAGAUCAUUACAAAUUCUUAAAUUAUCAUCAUAUAUUAUAUACAAACACACAAAGAUAAAUGUGUAAGAGACUAAUUUGGCGUUGCGCACCAACCUAACUUCCCUUCUACUUCAUCUACAACUCGUGUCCACUUUUGUUCAAGAUUACUAUUAUAAACACGCCUCCCGCGUGAAUAUUAAAACGCAAACAUCAUAAGAAACCUACAAACAGAAAUCUUCUGGCUUCACUGCCGAUUUGUGAUGGAGAACAAGAAGACCAAUCAUGGAGAUGAUGGGCAUGAUUGUGUUCCUCCUAUCCAUAUCCAAGUCGUGAAGAUCAAAAAAGAGUUUGAGAAGAUACAUCAGCCUGAGAUGCCUAGGGUGCUUCGAGAGAUCACUAGUCCACGGCGUUCCCGUUCUCCCCUCGGCUUAGGAGAGAGAGACAGGCCUAUCUCCGUUGGGAAUUGAUAACAAAGAGAGAUAAAGAUAGGUGAUCCUUUAUGUAUUAGAGUUUCUCUUUAUUUUUCAAUGUAAAUAUCUUUGGUUAAUGUAACGAGUCUCCUGUUCUAAUCUCUCUUCUCUCGUUUGUUGUAAUCUUUAAGAGGUAACCCACCAACUAGUUCAUAGAGAUAUCUCGAUCGCUA